AUUGGAUUAGAUUUUGUUUGUUUUUGCUCUUUAAAAAUAUCUUUGUGAUAUUGUUUUUCCGUCAUUGUCCCGUUUGUAUAACUAACAAUUACUGUACCUAAGAAGCUCCAAUGCAGUAUUGGGUUGUGGGUGGUACCUCAUGUGUACAAUUUGCACUCUCUCUCUCUUUCUCUCUCUUCUCUAAAUUGUACUUCAAAAUGGAUGAUGACUGUUGUCUUUUUUUUUUUUUUCCCAGAGCUGAGCCAGGAGAUUAGAGCAAUCAGAUUAGGAUCGUUGCUGUUUUCGUCGCUGCCACCGCCGAGCAGACCCGCCGUCCAUUCGCCGUCGGUGCGUGUCGUCUCCCGGGUCUUCAUGCGGCGCACGUCGGACACGGCGCUCCUUCUCCGGUUUAGCAAAAUCAAAUGACCCCAUCCGAGGGGGAGCCAUGAAGACCGGGUCUCAGAUCCGCCUGCUGCUCUGGAAGAACUGGACCCUGAGAAAGAGGCAGAAGGUUCGCUUCCUGGUGGAGCUCUUGUGGCCCGUGUUGCUGUUCGUGGGCCUGGUGUGGCUGAGGAAGGCCAACCCGCUCUACCAGCAGCACCAAUGCCACUUCCCCAACAAGGCCAUGCCGUCCGCCGGCGUCCUGCCUUGGCUCCAGGGCAUCUUCUGCAACGCCGACAACCCCUGCUUCCGGCACCCCACCAGAGGAGAGUCGCCGGGGGUGGUCUCCAACUACAACAAUUCCGUAUUGUCACGUUUCUACGCGGACAUCUUGGAGAUGUUCGACGACUCGGAGGUGCGCCAGCUGGGACGUCUGUGGCAGGAGGUCGCGAACUUCUCCGACUUCGUGGACACGCUACGCAAGAACCCGGCCGUCGUGUCUGGUCGCGGCCUGAAGAUCGAGGACAUCCUGAAGGACGACGAGCUUCUGACGGCGUUCUUGCUGCGAGACGCCGAGCUGUCCGAGUCGGUCGUCUACGAGCUGACCAACGCCCGGAUUCGAAUUGAACAGUUCGCGUCGGGCGUUCCGGCGCUGCAGCUGAAGGACAUCGCGUGUAGCCAAGCGCUGCUGGAGCGCUUCAUCAUCUUCCCGAGCCGCCGCGGCCUCCACGGCGUCCGCAACGCCAUGUGCGCCCUCGGCCAGGCGCGGCUGCAGAGGAUCGAGGACGCCCUCUACGCCAACGUGGACUUCUUCAAGAUCUUCCGACUGUUGCCGCGCGUCGCGGACGGCGCCUCCGACGGGGUCGACCUGCGGCGGUGGGGUCGCGUCCUCGGGACGACGUCGGAGAAGAUCGGAGAGCUGAUGCGGCGCGACAACUCCCAGGCGCUCGUCCGAGCCGUCGGCUCUCUGCUCUCCGCCGGCGGCCCCGCCUCCCUCUCGGAGCUGACGGCGUCCGUGUCCGGCCUCUUUUGCGGCUACCCGGAGGGCGGCGGUGCGCGCGUUCUCUCCUUCAACUGGUACGAAGACAACAACUACAAGGUCUUCCUGGGGGUCAACGGCAGCCGCGGCCGCGACACUUACGUGUACGACCACACCACCACCGCCUUCUGCAACAGCCUGAUGCAGACGCUGGAAUCCAACCCGCUCACCAAAGUGGUGUGGAAUUCCGUCAAGCCCCUGCUGAUGGGAAAGAUUCUGUACACCCCCGACUCCCCCGCAGUCCGCAAGAUAUUAAAGAACGCGAACACCACCUUUGAGGAGCUGGAGAGGCUGCACAAUUUUGGCAAGAUGUGGGAAGAGGUCGGACCUCAGCUGUGGGCUUUCUUCCAAGACAGCGUACAGAUGAAUAUUAUCAGAGACACGCUGGCAAACCCCACGGUGAUGAACUUUGUGGACCAGAACCUGGAAGAUGCCAACAUGACCACCAGAGACAUCCUCAACUUCCUGUACAGUGGCCCCGAAGAGCGGCGAGAGGCGGGGAUGCCCAGCUUCGACUGGAGGAACAUCCUUAACGUUACCGACCAGCUCAUACGGACUGUCAACCAGUACGCUGAGUGCAUCAGCCUGAACAAGUUUGUGGCCUACACGGAUGAGUCACAGAUGAUCCACCAAGCCUUAUACCUGCUAGAGGAGAAUAAGUUCUGGGCCGGCGUGGUCUUCACCGACAUGUACCCUUGGACCACCAGCGUCCCACCGCAUGUCAAGUAUAAGAUCCGCAUGGACAUCGAUGCUGUGGAACGCACCAACAAGAUCAAAGACAGGUACUGGGACCCAGGCCCAAGGGCGGACCCUGUGGACGAUCAGAGGUAUAUCUGGGGGGGCUUCGCCUACCUCCAGGACAUGAUCGAACACGGCAUUAUCAAAGUGCAGACUGGACACGAUUGGCCACUCGGGGUCUACGUGCAGCAGAUGCCCUACCCCUGCUACGUGGAUGAUCUCUUCAUGAUCACACUGAACCGCUGCUUCCCGAUGUUCAUGGUGCUGGCGUGGAUCUACUCCGUUUCCAUGACGGUGAAGAGCGUUGUCUUGGAGAAGGAGCUGCGCCUCAAGGAGACCCUCAAGGCAAUGGGUGUGGCCAAUGGCGUCCUCUGGUGCACGUGGUUCAUUGACAGCUUCGUUACCAUGGCGGCCAGCGCAGCAUUGCUCACUUGCAUCAUUGUGGGCGGCAAGGUGUUGAACUAUAGCGAUCCGUUGCUGGUGUACGUCUUUCUGCUGACGUUCACGGUGGCCACCAUCAUGCAGUGUUUCCUGAUGAGCGUUUUCUUCAGCAAGGCAAACCUCGCGGCGGCAUGUAGCGGCGUGCUCUACUUCACCCUCUACCUGCCGCACGUGCUCUGCUUCGCCUGGCAAGACCGCCUCACCUCCAACAUGAAGAUGGCCGCCAGCUUCCUGUCUCCGGUGGCGUUUGGCUUCGGGACGGAGUACCUGUCGCGAUACGAGGAGCAGGGUGUGGGCCUGCAAUGGGAUAACAUCCAGACCAGUCCACUAGAGAAGGACACCUACUCUUUCCUCACCUCCGUCCUCAUGAUGGCCGUGGAUGCCACGCUCUAUGGCGUCCUGGCCUGGUACCUGGACAACGUCUUUCCAGGUCAGUAUGGGAUCGGUCGGCCAUUUUACUUCCCCCUGCAGCCUUCCUACUGGCACAAAGCUUCGCCUGCACCUCCUGCAACAGAUGAACCAGUCGCUCCGGAAGUGGAAAAGGCGGAGAAGGACCCCGAAAGUGGCGGCGGUCCCACCGACACCGUCAACAACUGCAACGGUUCGACCAGCAGGAAAACCUGCAAGCACCAAAGCAAGCGGGAGCGUCUGGAGCGGGAGAAAGAGUGGCUCAGGCGGCAGGAGGAGGACAACAAGGAGGAAGACAAAGAAAACGAGGGGCAAGAAGGCGUGCUGCUGUUCGAGUCCGAUCCAGUGAAUCUGGAGCUGGGGGUGCGCAUCCGGGGGCUGGUCAAGGUGUUCCCGGGAGGCUCCCGUCCCGCCGUGGACCGCCUCAGCCUCAACUUCUACGAGGGUCAGAUCACGUCCUUCCUGGGCCACAACGGCGCUGGGAAGACCACCACCAUGUCCAUCCUGACCGGCCUCUUCCCGCCCACGUCCGGCUCCGCUUACAUCUACGGAAAGGACAUUCGCACCGAAAUGGACGCCGUGCGAUCUUCCCUUGGGAUGUGUCCGCAGUACAACAUCCUCUUCAAUCAUCUAACGGUGGAGGAGCACAUCCUGUUCUACUCGCUGCUGAAGGGUCGCACGCCGGCCGAGGCCCGAAUGGAGGUCGAGGACAUGCUGCAGGACUUGGGCCUGCCUCACAAGCGAGACGACGAGGCCCAGAACCUCUCAGGUGGCAUGCAGAGGAAGCUGUCGGUGGCGAUGGCGUUCGUCGGCGGCUCCAAGGUGGUCAUCCUGGAUGAGCCCACUUCCGGCGUGGACCCUUACUCCAGGAGAUCUAUUUGGGAUCUCCUGUUGAAAUAUCGAUCCGGUCGCACGGUGAUCCUGUCCACGCACCACAUGGACGAGGCCGACAUGCUGAGCGACCGCAUCGCCAUCAUCUCCAAGGGUCGGCUGCACUGCUGCGGCUCGCCGCUCUUCCUCAAGAACUGCUUCGGCGCCGGCUUCUACCUGACGCUGGUGCGCCGGAUAAAAGACGUCAAGAACAAGGAGAACGACUGUGACUGCGCCUCUGACUGUUCCUGCUCCUGCUCGAUUUGCACAAGAUACAAGGAUCAGUCCCAGAACCUGUGCCAGAACGCCGAACGGGUCUUAGAGGGGGACCUGGAAAGCAUCAGCGGCCUGGUCCACCACCACGUCCCCGAGGCCAAGCUGAUCGAGGCCAUCGGUCAGGAGCUCACCUUCCUGCUCCCCAGUCGAGGCUUCAAGCACCGCGCCUACGCCAGCCUCUUCAGGGAGCUGGAGGAGACCCUCGCUGACGUGGGCCUGAGCAGUUUCGGCAUCUCCGACACGUCCCUGGAGGAGAUCUUCCUAAAGGUGACAGCAGAUGGCGAGGCAGCAGCGCUCAACGCAGCCCCCGCUGGAAGCUACGACGCCGCGGAAGCUAACGGCGUCACAAUGCACGUCGCGUCGGACUGCAGCGCUGGCAAAGGCUCCAGGCAGGUGAAAGGCGCGCGGCUGGUCCUGAAGCAGUUUCACGCCCUGCUCGUCAAGCGGUUCCAUCAUGCCACCCGCAGCCGUAAAGACUUCGUGGCGCAGAUCGUCCUGCCUGCCAGCUUUGUCCUGGUCGCCCUCGUCUUCACCACCAUUCUUCCGCCGUUUGGAGAGUACCCAAGCCUGACGUUGACCCCCUGGAUGUACGGCCCGCAGAUCACCUUCUUCAGUAACGAGCAACCUUCGGACCCGGCGAUGAGGGACUUCGCCGAGCGAUUCCUAAGGCGACCGGGUAUCGGGACCCGCUGCAUGCAGGGGGACCCACUGGGGAUGCCUUGCAGCGACGAGGCGUCGGAGUGGCGGCGUCCCGACGUCGACGGCGCGACGGCCGACGUCCUGGAGAGUCCCGAGUGGAACGAGCGGAACCCGUCGCCCUCCUGCCAGUGCAGCAGCAGCGGAAAGCUGACCAUGAUGCCCGUCUGUCCCGCCGGGGCCGGAGGCCCCCCGCCGCCGGAGCGCCUGGAAGCCACCGGGGACACCAUGAUGGAUCUGAGCGAGCGCAACAUCUCUGACUUCCUGGUCAAAACCUACCCGAGUCUCAUCAGAAAAGGUCUGAAGAGCAAAUAUUGGGUCAAUGAACAAAGGUACGGCGGUCUGUCUGUCGGAGGACACCUGCCCAUCCUGGACUUGGAGCCGAAAGACAUCGAGAACGUUUUCCGUCAACUUGGACGAAUGCUCAACGUCACCGGGGGUCAACAUUCCGCGGUGGCACUGCGGGAGUUCGGACCUUUCUUGCGAUACAUGGAGAGUGAAUUUAACGUCAAGGUUUGGUACAACAACAAAGGCUGGCACGCCAUGGUGGCCUUCAUGAACGUGGCCAACAACGCCAUCAUGCGAGCUUACCUGCCCACCAGUGCCAAGCCCGUCGAGUUCGGCAUCACCGCGAUCAACCACCCGCUCAACCUCACCAAGGAGCAGCUCUCCGAGGUCACCGUGUUGACUACGUCUGUGAACGCAGUGGUCGCCAUCUGCGUGAUCUUCGCUAUGUCCUUCAUCCCGGCUAGCUUUGUCCUCUACCUCAUCCAGGAGCGCGCCACCAAAGCCAAGCACCUGCAGUUUGUCAGCGGCGUCAGCCCUUUCAUCUACUGGCUGGCCAACUUCUUCUGGGACAUGGUGAACUACUCCAUCAGUGCUGCUAUGGUGGUCGGCAUUUUCGUGGCUUUUGACAAAAAGUGUUACACGUCCCCGUCCAACCUGCCUGCGCUCUUAGCGCUUCUUCUGCUCUAUGGGUGGUCUGUGACCCCCAUGAUGUACCCCAUGUCGUACCUGUUCGACGUUCCGAGCACCGCCUACGUGUCGCUCUCGUGCAUCAACCUGUUCAUCGGCAUCAACAGCAGCGCCGUCACCUUCGUCCUGGAGCUCUUUGACAACAACCGGUCAUUGCUGAUGUUCAACGAGUGGCUGAAGAAAGGCCUGCUGGUCUUCCCUCACUUCUGUCUGGGCCGCGGCCUCAUCGACAUGGCCAUGAACCAGGCGGUCACCGACGUCUACGCCCGCUUCGGCGAGGAGCAUGCGGACAACGCGUUCCGGUGGGACUUCGUGGGGCGGAACGUUUGCUUCAUGGCGGCGGAAGGUUUCGUCUACUUUGCGCUCAACCUCCUGAUCCAGUACCGCUUCUUCCUCGACCGCUGUCGCAGCUUAUCGGACGGCAAGCGGCUUCCGCCGGCGGACGAGGACGACGACGUGGCCCGCGAGCGACGUAGAGUCUACGACGGCGGCAGCAAGUCGGACGUCCUGCAAAUCCAAGACCUCUCCAAGACCUACGUGGGCAGGAAGAGGGCGGCGGUGGACGGGAUCUGCGUAGGCGUUCCUGCCGGGGAGUGUUUUGGACUUUUAGGCGUCAACGGCGCUGGCAAGACGACCACCUUCAAAAUGUUGACGGGCGACACGGACGUCAGCUCGGGGGACGCCAGCGUGGUUGGUUACAGCAUCCUGAAGGAGAUUCUGGACGUGCACCAGAACAUGGGCUACUGCCCACAGUUCGACGCCAUUGACGGGCUGCUGACGGGCAGGGAGCACCUGUACCUGUACGCCCGCCUCCGGGGGGUGCCCGAGGACGAGAUCCCCAGGGUGGCCGAGUGGGGCAUCGAGAAAUUGGGCUUGUCGGAGUACGCCGGCCGCUGCGCCGGCACCUACAGCGGUGGCAACAAACGCAAACUCUCCACCGCCAUCGCCAUGAUCGGUUGCCCGGCGCUGGUCCUGUUGGAUGAGCCCACCACGGGGAUGGACCCGCAUUCCCGCCGCUUCCUGUGGAACGCCAUCCUGAGCGUCAUCCGGGACGGGCGGGCCGUGGUGCUGACGUCGCACAGCAUGGAGGAGUGCGAAGCUCUGUGCACGCGACUCGCCAUCAUGGUCAACGGCACCUUCAAGUGCUUGGGAACCAUCCAGCACCUCAAAUACAAAUUCGGGGACGGCUACGUGCUGAGCGUGAAGAUGGCGCCCGGCAAAGCUGGGUCGCCCCCCGACCUGGCGCCCGUGGAGGCGUUCAUGGAGAGCAGCUUCCCGGCGUGCGUGCGGCGCGAGAAGCACUACAACACCCUCCAGUAUCACAUCGCCGCCGCGUCGCUGGCCAGGAUCUUCCAGCUGCUCGUCUCCAACAAGGACAGGCUGUGCAUCCAAGACUACUCGGUCACGCAGACCACCUUAGACCAGGUGUUCGUCAAUUUCGCCAAGCAGCAGACGGCCGAGGACGACGCGGUCACGUCGCAGCGCCGCGGACGCAAGGAUGUCAAAAUCGUGCCCAUAAAGAGGAAAAGCUGCAAGUGACUCAUUUACCGUUUGCAUAAAUAAUGGCGAUGUACAUAAAGUACAGAAUGUGAAAUAAAUACACAGCCCGCCAGAGGCGGUGUUUUUUUUUUUUUUAUUAUUAUUAUGAAUGUUUAAUGAAUGCCACAUUUCUAUAUAAAUGACAUGUACAAAUGAAAAUGGAAAUAAUGCACAUUUCAUUUUUAAUGCAAUAUUCAUCCCAUGGAAGCAGCCUAGGGACGUGUAGUUAUGGAAUGAUCAGAUUUUAUAUGAGACGCAAAUAAAAAGAGAAGUUUUAUGGA